CCAGUACUCUCCCCCCCUCUCUCUCUUUGCUCUCUGUCUGAUAUUCUCUCUAUAUCUUGCUCCCUCCGUCUUUCCUCGAUCACGAUCGGACGGUCCACGAUGAAGGGAGCUCCUUUUCCUCGUUUUCUUGCCUUUUAGAGCUCCAAAUCCUCAGAUCUGCUUUCUCUGUGCUCGGAUCUCCGUUCCUGGUUAUAACUUUUAACAUACUUAAAAAAAAAUUUUUUUUUUAUAUCUCGUUGGCCGCGAAGAUGGAGGAGAACAAAGGUCCAGUGGCAGUUACGGUUAGUUACGCCGCGCUAACGUGCGCCGGGGAAACGAUAGCUGCCAUGUUACUCUCAGCUUUGGUCAAAACGCACCUUUUAGCUCUGGAAUCCAUUGCUCUGCUGCUGAGCAACAAACCUCGAAUCAAGGGAGACAACAUGGAGAACCAAGCUAAGCCAGACGAUGUUGAAGGAGAUGAUGGCAAUGAAGAUGAAGGAGAUGAUGACCCUGAGGGUGGAGACGGUGGCUUUGGUGAGGGCGAAGAGGAUUUUUCCUCUGAAGAUGGAGGGGAUUAUGGCAACAACACCAACAACGAUAAGAGCAACAACUCAAAGAAUGGUCCAGGUGAUGGUGCUGGUGCUGGUGCUGGUGCUGGUGCCGGUGGUACAGAAGAGAAUGGUGGAGAGGAAGAUGAUGAGGGCGGUGAAGACCGAGAUGAUGAGGAGGAAGAUGAUGAUGAGGAGGAAGAAGAAGAUGAUGGUGGGGACGACGAUGAGGAAGACGUCGAAGGUGUAGAGAAUGAAGAAGAGGAAGAAGAAGAGGAGGAAGAAGAAGAUGAAGCCCUCCCACCGCCAAAGAAGAGGAAGAAGUAAACUGGGCGCCCAUUAGUAGAGCCUCCCAAAAUAUUAUUUCUAUGUAACUUGUUCCUCUAACAUUAUAGUCUUAGCCUGGUUGAGGAGGCCAUCUAGUCUAGGUUAAUGCUUUUAUGCAUGAUUACGUUAUUUCCCUUUCAUGAUUAGAGAACUGCAAAACUGUUGAGUAACGGCAACAAUGAAAUUGAGGAAGUGUAUGAUUAUGCUACUUUACCUCGGUCGAAAUAACAAUAUGGCUUCUGACUUGUGAGGAAACGAAUCAACUUCUUUCAAGCAC